UCCGUCGUCCCGCACGAUCCUAUCCUCCUAUCACCGCACAUCUUCUCCGUCUCCUCCCGCCGACCUCGCCUCCCUCACCGCCUCCGGCCCGCCGCGCUCCCGCCCCCGCCUCCCCCAGCCCCACCCCGACCACGCGCCCUCGCCGCGGCGGCGGAGAUGCAGGCCGCUGCCGCCUUCAACCGGGCAGCCUUCACCGCCCGCCCGCUCCACCGCCGCUCGAGGCCUCCCCUCCACAUAACUGGGGCGGAGGAUGGUCCGGCGGGGAGAAGAGGCGCGCUCCUGACGCGGCUCCGGUGCUCCGGAAGCCUCUCCGUCGGCGCCGGCGGCUACGGCAGAGAGCGAGUUCCAGUGUUUCCUAGACAACAAUCAUGGGACCCCUACAAGCUUCUUGGUGUUGAUCAUGAUGCAUCCGAAGAAGAGGUCCGGAGCGCACGGAAUUUUCUUCUAAAACAAUAUGCUGGGUAUGAAGAAAGCGAAGAGGCUAUUGAGGGUGCUUAUGAUAAGAUAAUAAUGAAUAGCUACUCUCAUCGUAAGCAUUCCAAAAUCAAUCUUAAAAGCAAGCUAAAAAAGCAAGUUGAAGAAUCCCCAUCAUGGGUUAAGGCACUGCUUGGAUAUUUUGAGGUGCCAUCACUGGAGAUUAUUUCAAGGAGAUUUGCUUUUUUUGGUUUCAUUGCUGGGUGGAGCAUUGCAACUUCUGCUGAGACUGGGCCUGCAUUUCAGCUUGCGAUGUCACUCGUAUCAUGCAUAUACUUCCUCAAUGACAAGAUGAAGAACCUUGUCAGGGCAUCUGCCACAGGGCUUGGAGUCUUUGUGGGAGGCUGGAUCUUAGGUUCUUUACUUGUCCCAGUCCUACCAGCUUUCAUCAUCCCACCUACAUGGUCCAUUGAGCUCCUUACUUCGCUGAUGGCUUACGUUUUCAUGUUCUUGGGUUGCACUUUCCUCAAGUGAAACUUUGCAACAGUCACCCAGUUGGAAAUUUGUUCUUGCUGACAUCUCCAUUGCAGUCCAAACUUCCGAUGGGUGAGCCGACCUCACAGUUUUGGUCAGAGAGUAUAUGAUCUAUGUGGAACUGUACCUUGCGUCCUUGCCCCAGGAUGGUUCAGACUUCAGAUACAUCAGAACCCCAGGAUAGUUCAGACUUCAGAUACAUCAGACACAUACGUAUUUUAGGUGUGUACGUUUUUGUUGUCCCCUUUAGCCUUAACCAAGUGUAUUGAUUAGUGUUGUACUACCCAUAGCUAGUUGAUUAACUCAUAUAGUACGUUGGCAAAGCAGGCAUGUGUGUUUUUUCUACCUUUACAUGUGCGUCCCAUAGUUGAAAUCAAACAUUGCUGCAGCAAUGUAACGUCUUGUUGGCUUGAUUGCGCUGCUCC